GCUAUAUGUCUGAAUAAUGCACCUGUACAUAAAGGCCGAUUGGGAAAGAGCAACUCUGCAAAGUAAGUUCCAAAACUAACGGACGGUUGCAGCUUGUCGCUUGUUGAAAUCUUCGUAAAUUCUACUUCCAUUCAAGAUGAGAUUCUGGCACAGAAAUACAGCUGCCUACAUGAUUACCCUGGCGAUUAUUCUGACGACGAUGUAUUACUUAUUCACGAUCAGAGACAACACAAAGGGACGUGUACCUGACGGACCAUCUCGACCGAAGCCAUUAUUGACGAUGGAAUACAAAUCCAAUAAAAAAAUACGAACCAAGAAUCAACAUGAAGAAGUAUUGUUGAAUCAGAGACCGGGUAAACCUGCAAACAAGACUCUGGAACGGCUUGAUGUAUCCCGAGUGAUGAGCUGUAUGGACCUGGAGCACUUUGACAGAGAAAAGGCCUUAGUGAUUGGACAUCGCAAAAAACAGAGAGGCUUCCUUACAAUUGGUAUAACGAAUGUCAAGCGGAAGAACACAAGCUAUCUGAAACGAACACUUGAAUCCCUAAUUAGCAAUGCCAAUGAAGCUGAGAGAUCCAAACUCCGCAUCGUCGUCUUUGCGUGUGAUUUGGAAGAAAAAGCUCGCCAGGAAGCUCGGGAUAUUGUAUCCAAAAGCUUCCCUGAGCACGUUCAGAGUGGCUUGCUUCAGUUGAUAGAGGCCCCAAAGUCUUUCUAUCCGCCACUGGAAAAUCUGAAGCAAACAUUUAAUGACCCAAAUGUACGAGUGAAAUGGCGAUCCAAGGAGAACAUUGACAAUGUGUUUCUUUUUGCUUACUCCGUCAACAUGUCUGAUUAUUACAUGCUACUUGACGAUGAUCUUAUCACCUUCUCCGGGUACUUCCAGAGGAUCUACAACUUCGUUGCUAAGCACCAGAAAAAUCAUUGGAUACUGUUGGAUAUCUCAGAGAGAGGCACGGGAAAACUAUUCCGCAAUAACGACUUACUCCCUCUCGCACGGUUCCUGGUACAGUUUUACCAGGAACAGCCGGUAGAUCUCCUGCUGCACUCCAUGAUGAGACUUACAAAUCAGAACAAUCAUUUUGUGGUCGAGCCUCCUUUAUUUAAGCAUAUCGGAGUUGUAUCCUCUCUCGAGCUGAAAAACAAAAAUGGCGCAUAGGACCGAAGAAGAUCCCCAAUGGGGACAGAGAAGAUAAUGUGAAAGAGCAGAAGCUGACCCAGAACUGUGUCCGUUCUCGACAGCCUUUCCAUGUCGAAUGUUCCUUGGCCUUAAAGCAUUGCUUUUUUCACCGGUGAUGUCUUUUUAUAUGGUUUUUAAUUUUCGAUUUAACGCUGAAGAUAUGAUUUUAAUGACCCAUCUAAUUUAACACACGAAAUGCCUUGCGUUCAUUUUCCAUGCGGAGUGGCAUGAAUAAAAUAUAGUUCAAAUUUA